AUGACCUCCGAUUUAAUUAUUGAACAAGAAUUAAAAGAAGGUCAAAUAAAUAAUUUAAUUUUACCAAAAUAUCAAACUUUUUAUUCAAAUUUAAUAUUUUUUAAGGAAAUAUUAAUUUUAAUUGGUUGGUUAAUUUAUAUGAAACCACAUAACCUUCCAUUUUCAACGUCAUCAUCAUCACAAAUUCAAUCUCAAUUACAAUCUGAGAAAUCGGAGAAAUUUUAUCAAAGUAAUCAAACAGAAAUUAAAACGAUUACAUAUUUUCAUACAUUAACAAAACAAGAAACUUCAAAUUUAAUUAAAUUUUGUAAAAAUCAUAAAUUUUCUAUCACUUCAUUAUUAUCAACUUGUAUAUCAGAAAUAAUUUCAACAAAGAAUGGUUAUAAUACAGUAUUAGGAGGAUUAGCUGUUGAUUUAAGACAAUUUUUAAAUAUUUCUAAAAAAAUCAAUGGAGCAUUUAAUUCUUCUAUAUUAAUAAGACAUCCAAAA